AUGGAAUAUUAUGAUUUAAAUGUUUUAUAUGAUUUAAAUGAUUUCUUCAAUUCUUCAGACGAGUACGAUUCUGGGUAUGUGACAGACGAGGAGGUGAUUCUGUGUGAUAAGAGCAGUGUUAUUAGGUUUGGUAAAGACUUCCUCCCGACGUUCUACUACAUGAACUUUCUUCUAAGUCUUGUUGGGAACAGUUUGGUGCUGUGCAUUAUCUAUAAGUAUGAGAAGCUCACCACAGUGACCAACAUCUUUCUGCUCAACCUGGUCAUCUCUGACCUCUUGUUUGCAUCCAGCUUGCCCUUCUUGGCCGUCUACCACAGCUCUGAGUGGAUAUUCGGUGCCGGGAUGUGCAAACUUGUGGGCAGCUUGUACUCCAUUGGUUUCUCCAGCUCUAUCCUGUUCCUCACACUUAUGACUUUUGACCGGUAUCUGGCUGUUGUCCAUGCUGUCAUGGCUGCUCAGAGUCGGCGCAGGAUCUACGCCUUCGUGUCGUCAAUCGGAGUCUGGCUGCUCAGUCUCCUAGCUAGCAUUAAAGACAUUGCUUUAUUCAACGUACGCCAUAAUGAUCCACAUGGCUGGCUUUGUGAAGAGAGCGGCUACUCAUCUGAGACCUUAGUAAAAUGGCAGCUGGUGGGAUACUACCAGCAAUUCGGACUGUUCUUCUUGGUCCCAUUGACGAUGGUGUUCUACUGCUACACCCGUAUCACUGUUCGCAUCAUCUCCACUCGCAUGAAAGAGAAGUGCAGGGCUGUUAAGCUCAUCUUCGUCAUCAUUUUCACAUUCUUUGUGUGCUGGACGCCCUACAAUGUGGUCGUCCUGCUCAUGGCACUGCGUCUUUCCUCCAAGGAUGAAUCCUGCUCCACCGAUCUGGACUUUGCGGAAUACGUGACGCGGAACUUUGCGUACUUGUACUGCUGCAUCAGCCCCAUGUUUUACACCUUCGUGGGCAAGAAAUUUCAGCGUCACUUCAGGAGACUUCUAGCCAAGCAUAUCCCAUGUUUGAAGAUCACCAUCCUGUCCACACAAAGCAGCAGGACCACGUCCAACAGGAGCCGCGUUACUGAGUAUUAAUUAUGGAUAGGGCUGUGUUUGAAAAUAUAAACAAGAACAAGUAGUUCUUGUAGGACAAUAGUAUAAAUGCUUAAUAAGACUUGGUUUUUCAGGAAUUUAAAAUAGUUUACUCAUUAUGUGUAAGAAACUAAUAAAGAAUUUAAGGCUCAGGUUGACCAGUAAAAUCAGGGUCACAUCGAGGUGCUGCACUAAUGCUUUAUAUUAUUUUAAUUUUGCCUCAGCUGUUCUGACGGGAAAUUCUUCCUUAAAAUGUUUUGUGUGGGUUUUCUAACUGGUUUCAUACUCAAAAUAAGUCAAACUGAAACAGAGAAAAAAAUCAGGAAGUUUGGCAAUACCAAGCGGUAACCCAGUUUUUUUUUGUAUAUCUUUUAUUUUAUUGGUAAAUGCCACAAAUUGCAAUAUAAUUCUGAA